CCAUAGCGGAAGGUCACAAGAGCCUCCUACGCUCCAACUCGGAUCCCCCAAUUUCCUGAAUCUCCUUUUCACAAGAGCAAGAUGGCUGGCCGUGGCAAGGGCAAGACCUCUGGCAAGAAGGCCGUGAGCCGCAGCGCCAAGGCGGGCCUUCAAUUCCCCGUCGGCCGCAUUGCUCGCUACCUAAAGAAGGGCAAGUACGCCGAGCGUAUCGGUGCCGGCGCGCCCGUGUACCUGGCUGCUGUGCUCGAGUACCUGACCGCUGAGGUGCUGGAGCUGGCCGGCAACGCCGCGCGCGACAACAAGAAGAACCGCAUCGUUCCCCGCCACAUUCAGCUGGCCAUUCGCAACGACGAGGAGCUGGGCAAGCUGCUGGGCGAGGUGACCAUUGCAUCGGGCGGUGUGCUGCCCAACAUCCACGCCGUGCUGCUGCCCAAGAAGACCAAGGGCGGCAAGGCCGAGGACGGCUCCGCGGCCGUGUAAACGGGCUGCGUGGCGUGUGGCGGGGCUUCCCCCGCAGCUACCUCCAUCUUCUUCAAAUCCCCGGUGUUUAUCAACACCACCAAGGCAAAGGUUUAACCAGAUGAGAGGGGACCGAGCGUUGACUGUGGAAGAAGGGGGUCAACAGGGGUAACGGCCAGGGGGCGGGGCAGCGGUGAGACGCAGCGAGUCUGGCGGGCUGUGCAGGGCCUGGUAGGUGGUCUGCAGCUGCCGGCCGCAUUGUUUCAUUGUACGGACGUGCAAACAAAUCAUCGCGGUGGCUUGUGCGGGGUGCCGCGCACGGAUGGUGCGUGUGCCGUGAGGAAGGUGCAUCCCAGUGGACGGCAGCCAACCUGGGGGCGGGGGGGCUGCAGACCAGCACAGCCUUGCGCAGAUGACGGGGGGCGCGGUGGGCAGUAGAUGGGUGGCCUGACUGCGACGCACAGCACGCACGUGCAGAGGCACCCCUGCGCAAGUGGCUGGCAGGUAUUGGCAGUUGGUAAUGCGUGCAUCUUGCUGGGGAAUGCUCCUCGCCUUCUCGGGCGCCCGCAGAUCUGAUUGGGACCGCAGGCUCAGUGUUGUGGGGUGGUCAAAAUUCAAGAUCCUGUAACGGGGUGCCGAA